GGCUAGGCUAGGACCGACGCGUUGGGGGGCUGCCCGGACCACGAUGGACUCCCCGCAAGUGCUGCGCAAGGGCACGACUCUGACAACAGAGGACCUCGAAGGCGUGCGGACACCGCGACGCGUCCUCGUCACCGGCGCCAACCGGGGCCUGGGCUUGGAAAUAGUGAAAGCAUUACUGGAACGCGACGACGUCGACAAGGUCUACCUCGGCUGCCGCGACUUCGAAGCGGGCACGGCGUUGUGCUGCGGGGAAUUGUGGGACCUUGGCGGCGACCGGAGCGAGGCCGUCGAGUUAGAUGUGAGCGACGGCGAGUCGAUCAAGCGAGCCGUCGACUACGUCAGCAAGACGCUCGCCGCGCGCGACGACGGCCACGUGCAGAAGUCGCGAGAGUACCUCGAUGCUAUAGUCAACAACGCGGGCAUCUUCCUGGACGCCGAGGCCGACAUCUACCGCAAGUCCGCGGCGGCACGGGCGUCCCUCGCGGUGAAUUUUGAAGGGGCUAUGAAUGUGACAACAGCGUUCCUGCCGCUCCUCGCCGACGACGCGACGGUCGUCAACGUGUCGUCGCGCCAGGCCGCGCGGACGCUGGGGUUCUUGGAGCCGAGACAUAGGGACGCCUUCGAAGCCAAUGAUAUAGAGGCCGUUCGGCGCGCGGCCUACGAGGUCGCGGACCUGCUAGACGACGACUACGGCCCCUACACGACCUUGGCGACGCCGGCCCACGGCCUCUCGAAGUGCGCGCUGAACGCGUGGACGCGCAUCAUGGCGCAGCAGCGGCCCGAGAUGCGUUUUCUUGCGGUGGCGCCGGGGCAGCUCCGGACGCGGCACAACCCCGUGGUCUGGGAAGGCGGCCUGCGGCCGCGGCCGCCGCGGCUCGGCGCGCGCGUCGUGGUGGACGCGUUGUACGGCGCGCACGCGAGCGGGUCGUUCCUCGCGCAGACGUGCGCGUCGGACGGCACGCGCUUCCUGCGGGGCGAGUACGAGACGCACGACGACUCCUGGGAGAGCUCCGCGACGCAAGUCGUCGACUGGGUCGUUGAGCCGCCGGCGGCGAUCGGUCCCGGGACGUCGGCGCCCGUCGACUCGCACGGCCGGACGGGAUCGCUGCGGCGGUCGCAGGAGCUGCUGCCGCGCGAGUAUUAAAGGAUGUG